UGCGGUUUGACAUCGAACACAUGUGGGUAAUCAGGGGUUGUGAACUUUGACCUACCACCAUUUUGAUUAGUGCGACGAGAGUAAGACGAUCAUCCCCGCUCAUCUGACGUGAUUUCUAAGAUACGUCGAGAACUUCUACGUUUGGUCGCUGUAAAUAGCAACAGCUGUUCUCAAGUUGAAGAACCACCAGCUGAAUACCCUUAGAGUGCUAGACCGAGUGAGGCACCACAGAGGACCAGACAACAGACAUUGAGAGAAGAUCCAUGCAGUGUCAACUCUGACAAGACCUUGGCCUCACCACACGUCCAUGUGCAGACCUCUACAGUAGAGAUGGAAAGGUAUGAGGAACAAUAUGGUACGGGUACACCGUACAUAUGUCAGCUCUGCGGGUACUGGCAAGCUGAAAAAAGUGGGAGGUCUGCCUUCGUCAGACAUUUGGGAACAGGCAAAACACAACACAAGUGUGCUCAGUGUGACUUCUCCACAGCAUAUAAAUGCGAGUUCAGCAUACACAUGCUCCAACACACUGGUGGGAAACCGUUUGAAUGUAAGAAAUGUGGAUACAUAACAACUAGUAGGUCUCACUUCAAACAACACUCGUCAAGAAGUCAUAUUAUGAAGUGUGAUGAAUGUGAUUUUUCCACAUCUGAGAAAUUGAAGUUACAGGAACACAAGCGCAAGCACUAUGGCGAGAAACAGUUUGUGUGUAAGAAGUGUGGCCAUGAAGCAACUGACCUCGAAAAGCACAUGCAGAAAUGCUCGGGGGAAAAGCCUGAUGAGUGCGAUCGUAGUGAUUUUUCCUCAGCAGAUAACAGCAACUUAACCGAACACAACCUCAUACACACUGGUGAAAAACCCUUCAAGUGUGAUGAGUGCGACUUUACUGCAAAUGGUAAGUUUCUCCUCACACUACAUCUAAAGACACACAGGAAACAAAGAGUGCAGACAGAAGCUAGGUUUGAUCCCACGCUACAUUACAGAAAACAGAGAGGUGGAAAACCUUUCUGCUGUGAUCAGUGUGAUUUUUCCUGCGCGAGGAAAUGCAACUUACUUCAGCACUUACUCAAACACACUUGGGAGGAACCCAUGAUAUGCGAGCAGUGCGCGUAUGAAACUGUUGAUAGAUUUGACUUUGCACGCCAUAUGAAGGAACACGAUAAAGCACUUUACAGGUGUGAUGUUGAUAAGUGUGACUUUUCUACAGCAGAGAAAGACGACUUUGAGAGACACUUGCUUGAACAUGCGGACGAGACACCUUACAAGUGUGAGGAGUGUGGUUAUGAGACUGCCUCUAGGUCUGACCUCAUAUGUCAUACAAGGAAGCAUAGAAGAAAAGACACUUUCAAUUGUGAUCAGUGUGACUUUUCUACAGAAGGGAAAGACAAUUUAAUCCAACACAUGCUUCAACACACUGCUGAGAAAAGUGUUGAUAGCUUUGACCCCUCGCAACAUGGAACAGAACACAACAAACAAACCUUCAAUUGUCAUAAAUGUGAUUUUUCCACAACUCACAAACAAAGUUUAAAGAGACACUUGCUUAAAGUUAGACAUCCUGCUGAGAAACAUACUGUAAGGAAUGAAAAAAGAGAGACACAAAAACAUGACAAACAGACUUUCCAUUGUCAUGAAUGUGGUUUUUCCACACAUCACAAAGGGUUGUUUGACAGACACAAGGUCAAGCACAAGACCAAGACACAUUACACGUGUAAUGUAUGUGGCUACAAGACGACUGCAAGGUCGGACUUCUCACAACAUUUCAAGACUCAUACAGGGUUGAAGAUUUACUGGUGUAGCCAGUGUGGGUUUUCUUCAACAGAUAAAGACAGCUUAGAACGGCACGUGCUUAGACAUUCUCGCGAGAAACAUCUGUACGGGUGUGAGCAGUGCGGGUAUGAGACAACUAAAAGUCAUGAACUCGCACGACAUACAUGUGCUUUCAACUGUGAUCUGUGUGACUUUUCUACUGCUCGGAAAUUCACUUUAGCUCGACACAAGCUCAACCACAAUGGUGAUGCACCUCACAAGUGUCAGAAGUGCGGUUAUGGGGCCUCUUCUAGGUUUGGUCUAUCAAAACAUUUGAGUAAACAUCAUCAUACAGGGGAGAAACCGCACAAGUGUGGUCAGUGUGAUUUCUCCACUGAACGGAAAUGCAACCUAGUCCAGCACAUGGCCAUGCAUCGUGGUGAGAAGUAUGUUUGUGAGAAGUGUGGAUAUGAGACAACUCACCGUUUUAAGCUCGCACAACACAUGAAGAUACACUCGGACGAAAAACCUUUCAACUGUGAUGAGUGUGACUUUUCUACAAGGUGGAAAAGUUGUUUAGAUCUACACAAGCGCAAACACACUGGUAACGCACCGUACAAGUGUGAUAAGUGCGGGUAUGGGGCUGUUUCUAGGUCUUUGCUUUUGAAACAUUUGAGGACACAUCAUCAUGAUUCAAAGAAAAAACCUUUCAGAUGUGCCCGCUGUGACUUUUCCACAGCGCGGAAGUGCAACUUAGUCCAACACAUGGCUGUGCACGAUGGUGGGGAAAGCUCAGAUUCCGAUCUCUCAGAUUCCGAUACAUCUGAAGCAACAAGUGAAGAUCUGGUGGAAAACCAGUGCGAGCCUUCUCCUACUAUUGGUAUAUCUAAUACUACAACAUGUGUAUCCAAUACUACCACAUGUACAUUCAAUACGACUAGUACAUGUGCAUCCAAAUGUGAUGUAGACAGAGGCUUGCUGCAAUUUGAUUUGGAUGAUCCCCUCAACUUUUACACAUAACAUGUGGAAUUAUGGAGUUUAUGAUAUGAUUAUCACAGUGUAGUAGUUGCUAACAUGGUUUCAGACUAACCGUUGUAACAGUACAAAGUUAUGAAAUGUUAUGGCACAAUAUAUGUUUAUUCAAUAGGUCACAAUGCAGGAACGUGUGUUUGUAGAGGCUAUUUGUAGAAGUCAAUAGAGAUUGUACCUUAGACUUAGUUUUAUUGAUCUAUUUGUGCAAACUAUUUUUAUCCUAACAAGUUAAGGUAUCCCUGCAAGUACUCCUUUUUAUUCUAACGAUACAAGGCCAUUGGAUCAGCUAAUAACCAUGGUGGUAAUGAGCUAUUUAGACACAAAUCUCUUAGAUUGAGAGUAAUCUGGUCUCCAAUAUAGGUUUUCAAUGACUAGCAAUAGCUAAGGUGUAUCUUACUUAGGACAAGCAUUCAUUGUAUGCAUACACGAUGACUUUUGUAUGUCAUUAGUACUGUAGAGAAUAGCUAAGUAUCAACUAAAACGAUAUUCAUGUUACUUAAAGGUAGUAGUGCACAUAUUCAGGUAGAAUUUUUAUUCAUGUAAUUUUUUUUUACCACAAUUUGUUUUAGCCAAUAGAUAGAAUUGACUAUUGAACAUAGAAUUUGAUUUUUAUUCAUUUUGCAUCUCCUGUUUUUUUCUUUAGUGUUACUUUAGUUGUAUACAUGUACAGGUAGAAUUCUCAAUAUGUAUUGUCAUAGCUGAUAUAUAAACGAUUAUUAAAAAUAGAAUUAGGUUA